AUGGAUAUUGAUGGCAGCGCUCCCGUUCCCUUGCGUCAGAAGACAAAAAAGAAAAGUCAAGGGUUCUUUAUAAUGAGCCGACGAAGGAUAUCGUGCAAAGAGCUGGGGCAAGCCGAUUGCCAAGGAUGGCUCUACAAGAAGAAGGAAAAAGGAGCUUUCAUUGGCAACAAAUGGAAGAAGUUCUGGUGUGUGCUGAAGGAGUCCUCGCUGUAUUGGUACAGCAGCCAGCUGGCUGAAAAAGCAGAAGGAUUUAUCAGACUUCCAGAUUUCAGUGUGGAUCGAGCAACUGAAUGCAAAAAAAAGCAUGCUAUUAAGAUCAGCCACCCACAGAUCAAGACAUUUUAUUUUGCAGCAGAAAAUGUUCUGGAAAUGAACACGUGGCUAAGUAAGCUGGGAAUGGCUGUAGAUCCUCAGGCAUCCAAUGGGAAGAAUGAAGAAGAAUGUUACAGUGAAAGUGAGCAUGAUGAUCCAGAAAUAACAGACACGCCACCUCCCCCCUACACAUCCCAGCCAGCACCUCCUCCUUUGGAUCAACAGAAGUCCUCCUUGACCUCAACUCUGUCAAGUGAAGCAUCUUGUUCUCCUUCCUCUCCUGAAAGCAUUUUCAGCUCACAGGAGUCAUCAUCUUCCUUGGUGUCCAAAGUGGUUUAUCCUGAGAGGCAGUCAUGGCUUGACCUUGUUAACAGCUCUGCUGUGGAAGAGGGUGAUCAACCUUUAACUUUCUGUGUCCAGAUUCACUCUGAGGAGCAACCAAAAGUGGACUGUGGAGAAGUGGCGGAUAGUCAUGAGGUUCAGCACAGUGGUGGAUCUCAAAAUUCCUCGUUGACUCAAGAUAUGCAUUGCCUAACCGUGCUAGAUGCAACAGGACAAAAAUCACUAGCCAAAGAUCAGGGAAAAUGCCCCGAUGAUGAGAUGGAGCGGCUUUAUAAGUCAUUAGAACAAGCAAGCUUGUCUCCCAUUGGUGAUCGUCGACCGUCAACCAAGAAAGAGCUUAGGAAGUCAUUUAUCAAACGUAGCAAAAAUCCUUCCAUUAAUGAGAAACUCCACAAAAUUCGAAUGCUGAAUAGCACAUUAAAGUGUAAAGAACAUGACCUGGCCACAAUCAACCAGCUGCUAGAGGACCCAAAGUUGACAGCAAUGAAAUACAGAGAGUGGAAGAACACAAACAUGAUGCUGGUUCAAGAUAUCUAUCACCAGCAGGAGGCCCAGGAUGUGUCCACAGAGAACAGUGAGGAGCAAGAGAUGACCGCACCAACCAUUACUGAAAGUGCUAUCUGA